AUGUACAAGAGAAGUUUCGAAAGCGUCGAUAUCGGUGGAGUGCUAGUCCCCCAAAUUCAGGAAAGACACAUCAAGAGAAUUUCUGUUAGGGAGAAGAGCCCUGCAAUUGGGGUAGAAGCACCAUUGCCAUUAUUCCAACAAGCUGCUGUUGUCACGUCAUUCGAGGAUGAAAUAAUGGUCUCAGGCCAGAUACCGGUUCCUCAAAAACUAGAAGACUAUGAGAUUCUGGUUCGCAACAAAUACACAGGUUUGAAUCAUGUAGACUGGAAAUCCAAGAGAUACCAAUUUAACAUACAUUCGUUCCCAUGGAUCAACGGUCGAGAGUCUAGUGGGAUUGUGGUCCGUAGAGGCGCAAAGGUCGACAGAGACAAGUUUCCGAUUGGGGCCAAGGUUUUUCUCGCAAGCACAUGCUACAGGGAACUCAAAAGAUCCACAUUUCAAGAGUUCACACUGUUUGAUUCAAGACUCGUAUGGAGACUGCCACGCGAAGUGCGUUCUGAUGGAAUCUCUCGCAAGAGAUUCGGACUUGAUUUUGCGGCUGGUGUUGGCGUGGCUCUGGUGACUGCAGGUUCCGCGCUAUCAUCUUUUGUCGACUUCCAGGACAUCGGGAAGGCAAAUCAAGGAAAGUCGCUGAUCGUAUGGGGAGGCUCGAGCUCUGUAGGGAUUUUCACGAUUCAGCUUGCCAGAAACCUGGAAAUUUUCGAUAAUAUUGUAGCCGUGUCAAGCUUGAAAUAUGAGAAUUAUCUCAAGGAAUUAGGAGCCACGGCUGUCAUCGAUAGGACGCUUUCUCCAGAAAAGCUGAUACAGUUGGUCAAAGAUACAUGCCCAGGGGGGAUCGAUUAUGGGGUCGAUGUGAUUUCAAGAAAAACAGCAGAGCUUGUGCUUGAGAUUCUCAAGACUGGACAGGGAACCAAGAAGUCUCUUGUAUGCCUUGGCGGCGCUCCUGGUGAGGACGCGAAGACAAAAUGCCCGGAAAUUGUAGUCGAAGCCGUGGGAAUCAAAAAAUUCCAUGAGGAUUUGGCCUUCGGUGAGACUUUUGUGAAAUUCACAUCCGAUCUUUUCGAAAGAGGCCAAUUGAGUCCUGUUCGCAGCGUCAAGGUGUUCAAAGGUUUCGCAGAUUUUGGAGUCGGUUUGAGCAAUGGGCUGAAAGAACUCGAAGAGCGGGGCGCUAGCGCAGAAAAAUUUGUAGUACGUUUGUAA